AUGUCGCUUACGAACAGGGUUCGAAGGAUAAAGUGUGAUGAAACGCUACCGCAUUGUCGAAGAUGCACCGAGACUGGGCGCAAGUGUGAAGGACCAGCCGUGAGGCAAUUACAAUUCAUUCACGGCCGACAGGACGGUCGAUCAGCCAAUCCAAUCCCGCAAGUGGAAGCCUCGCGGGCACUUGUACCGCCGCGCGCUCAGGCUGAACGGCGUGCGUUCCAGUACUUCAUGUGUAGCGCGGCACCCGUUCUCACGGGGGCAGUGGAUGCCAGAUUCUGGAAAGAACUAGUCCCUCAGCUUGCGCAGACUGACAGUUUCGUCUGGGAUUCCGUCGUGUGCUUGAGCAUUCUAUACGAACACGUUCCAUAUACUUCGGUUUCGAGUUUCGCGGGACCAUUGCUUUCGACCACCCAAGUCGUGAAUCGACAGCAUCGACAAGCGCUGGGAUUCUACAGUCGAGCGAUUGCGAGUCUUCGGCGCCUGGCUGAGCGUGAUCAAAUCGAUGAAUCCGUCGUUGCCUUGAGUUAUAUAUUGUUCUCUUGCGUCGAAUUCCAGCAAGGGAAUGUCAAAGCUGGUAGAGAGUUGUUGAAAAGGUGCUGCAACGUCUCGAUUGAGAAUUUGAGGCCGAAUCGCCGUUACAGCCCCGAGUCGGUCGCAGGUCAAGUCGUCCAUCAGGUGGUCACACCAUUCGUACUGAGGAAGGCCGUAGUGACGGCUACACUAGGAUACGCUCUACAACUCCAAUGUCCCGCCAACAACGAGGCGAGUGAUAUACUCGAUGCAACACUAUCCCGUUCCCCCAUGCUCAGAGCUUCCCGGACUCAAUUCUACAGCCUGGUAAAUGACUGCUUCGAGUUGAUCAGACUUGCAGAAUUCAUGCCUCACAUUCCAGACAACAGCACCGUCAAUGUCUCAUUCACAUCUGCUCGCCACUCUUUACUCAACAAGCUCUUGGACUGGAAGGCGACCUUCACCGCCGCGAUGAGUCCAGCUCCCGACGCAGAGGUCGACUGGAUGGCAUCAUUUCUAUUGAUGUACUGGGCCGUCUGCUACAUAUCUCUUGCAACAUGCAUCAGCAACCGCCAGACCCUCUUCGACAAUUACAUGGAGCAAUUCACAGAGAUCAUCGACCACGCCCGCGUCUACCUCAAGCAAAGCUCCGACUCCUCAAGGAUCCACCUCCUUGCCAGCGUAGACCCGGGAGUCAUUCCACCACUGUAUUUCUGCGCGAUGAAAUGCCGAGACCCGGUGCUGAGAAGACGCGCACAACGUCUGAUGCGCGAAGCUCCUCCUCCCUGCCAAGGAGGAAUUGAAUGGGCAUUCGUCGAGCCUGACCGUGUACUCUCGAGAAUAAUCUCACUCGAGGAAGGGGAAGACCAUGAGUCCUCACCUUCCUCCAGAACAUCCUCGGCGUCGAACGCUGCACAGGCUGGCCUGCUUCCACCCGAAGAGCGCCGCUUCGCCUUUGUCGCCGUCGUGGCUCGCCCAGCUGCGGGCGGUAAGCACCGCCAGGCUCUCGAAUUGAGUCGUUUUGAGACUGCGGCAGAUGGGUCGAGACGGCUAAUCAGCGAUUUUGCUUGGCUGGACGAACCAGGUAGCGAAAGCGAUGGAGGUCUGGCUUGA